AUACAACAUGUAAACAUGGGUCAUUCGUAUGAGUCUGUAUCCAUUGAUUCAUACGCCAUACUAAAUGAAUCAGCAGAGCAAGAGCGUUUAAAAGAGGACUGAUCUUUCAAACAUCAAACUACAUCGAAGAUAGUAAAACUGCUGCACGGCGUCUAAAUAAAGAGGAAAAUGUUACGAUUAUUGUCACAGUUGUGUUUAAUGUUCCUGUAUUGCGAAGCCAUCAAUAACCAUGCAAAAGUUGGAUUCGAAACACUAAUGACUGAAUUUACCAAUGCUUCUGUUACUAAAGUCAGCGGUGAAUUCCCCGAUUGGAUAAAUGGUCGCUUUAUCCGUCAAAUUGGGGGUUCAUUUGGUGACCUUGACAGUCCUAAUCCAAUGGAGAGAAUAGAGCAUUGGUUCGACGGUGUCGGAGGAGCUGGAAUGUAUCACAUCAAUGGCGGUGAUAUCAAGUUUACCAACAGAUUCUACGAUAGCAGGGGUUAUAACAUUUGGAAAAGUUACAACUAUGACUGGUCAAAAUCACAAGUUAGUUGGGCAACUCCUUUCUCUCCAUUUAACUUAACCAAGUUAAAGGAGAAUCAGAACAUGUUCCGAGAUAAACUGGACUCAAAUCCUCAAGUUAGUUUUUGGAAGCUUGGCGACAACAUUGAGGCCGUCACUGAAACCGUCCAAGGGAUGUUGCUUGAUAAAUAUACAAUGGAAAGCAAGGGAGGGUACGACUUUAAGGAGAGCCCUCCAUUAGGUCAACCAACGGGGAGUAUUUUAAUAAACAACCCAGCUCAUGAUAGGAUUGACAAGGAAACUGGAGAACUUUGGAGUGUUGCGGGGGCCAUCGUGCCUUUAACUCCUCGUGGAUUGGGAGGGCCCGCAGACUCAAAGCUUCUGCUUUACCAAGUUAUUAAUGAUACCAGGAUAGUCAAGGGAGAAAUCAACUUAGGAAACUUCUCCCUUGGUGAAUGUAACCCUGUUGCCAAGACACCGUACCCAGAUACAUCUAAGUUGAUGCCUUAUCUUCAUUCGUUUACAAUCACCAAGAAUUACAUUAUCAUACCAGGAACAUCUAUGCUUAUGGAUUACUGUGAAUUCUUCAUGUAUAGACCAGAGACUACUCCAACAUUCAAGAAAAUAUGGACUUUUAUGAAAGCUGUUAAAAGUAAAGUGUACGUUGUCGAUAAAUCAAACAUGAAGGUCGUUGCUUCUAUGGAGAUAGACCCAAUGUUUGUCACUCAUCAGCUGAAUGCCUAUGAAAAAGAUGGAAAGAUAAUGGCCGACAUGUUGAUCUACGACGACGAAAGAGUAUAUUAUGAUUUGAAAGUCCGAGAUCUUUACAAUGGGACAAAUUUUGUGACAGAUAUCGCAAGACUUGUCAUUGACACAAGCAACUGGAGUAUUACAAAGCAACAUCUGACAAAGGAUUAUCCUGUCAACGCCGAGUUCAGUCACGUGAAUAAUGCUUUCCAUGGGAGGGAAUACAAAUAUGCUUACAUUGUGAUGGAUGUGCUACAUGAGAAUUCAACCAUACUGAAGUUGAAUGUUGACACAAAGGAGGAGUUACGUUAUGACCCUGGUUUUGGCCUCAUGCCAUGGGAACCUAUUUUUAUUCCUAAACCUGGUGCCACAGUUGAGGACGAUGGAUUUCUCUUGCUCAAUGGAAUCAGCAUUCCUGAUAAUAAAACUUUCUUCGCAUUAAUUGACGCCAAGACAAUGAAAGAGACUGCUAGAGUCCUAGCACCCGCUCUUUUACCAGCUGGAAUUCACAAUAGAUUCUACGCUGAGCCAUCCAUUAUGCCUAGAAUGUCAACAACAGUCCCGACCACAGUGAAACCAGGAAAUGGCGUCACACGCAUAACACAGUCGUUCGUUUUAGCGACGCUUAUUGCUGUUAUUGCAAUAUGGCUUUAGACUACAUAUUCCAGUAAUAUUUAUAACUCUGGUUGGACUUACUCAUGGCGUCCUUCAGUGCGAAUGAUGCAGUCAUGCUGAUGCACGAAAACGUAAAUAAUCUUCAAAUAAUCAUUUUGUUAACCAACGUAUGUUUAUAGAAGUGGUCUGAAGUUUAAACGAAAAUGCUUUAAAAAUACGAUGAUGAAAACAACACGCAAUGUAGUUUAGGAAGACGUAAAUGAAGUAUAUGACAUUGCAAUUAUUCUAAGUAAAUGCUCUUAAAAGAAUGUUUAAAACGUUAGUUCAUAAAAGGAUUAAUAAAUGCUUCUUACCACAAAAUGUAC